AUGAAUUUAUUUUCUUCUGUUUAUCAAUAUUUUCUUUAUACAUUUCUUAUUUACCAUGAAUUUAAUGUUUUAAAUGCUAGCAGCAUACAUACAAUACUUUCAACAGUACCACAUGAAGUAUCGACUACAGAAGUACUAGCUGAAACAACGGCUCCAAAAGCAACAGUAGCAGCUGAACUAAUGGCUCUAGUAACAACAGUAGAAGGUGAAGCAACGCUUCCACCAGUCAUAAUAGGUUCUGCCUCAACGGUUGAAACGAUAGAAUUAGGUUCAAGCUCGAAUUCAAUAAUAGUACCAGUAGUACAACCAUCGACUCAAAAGCAUCAGUCAUCUGAUCCAGUACAACCAACAAUAGUUUCAUCAACCCAUCAUCAUUCGAGAAUUACUCAACUAACCAAUAAACCAGUCACACAGAAAACUAACUCUCCAAUAAAUUCAACAGAAAUGGUGCAAGUUAUAAAAUCUCGAGUAUCAGUUAUCAUGGGAUUCAUCUUUGGUGGUUCUGCUAUUAUUGUGAUUAUUGCAUGUAUUAUUAUAUAUAUAUUAAUUCAAAAAGGAUAUAUUAAAAUAUUUAAUCGAUCCGGAACACGAGUAAAAGAUGUUGAACGAACAAGAAUAUAUAGUUCAUCAUCAUCAACAAAUAGUGGUGCAAGUCCUCGCAAAUAA